UCGGACUUCCGCGUUGAAUUCCAAUUCCUCGACGCCACAUAUAUAAACCAGCAAACACACCUCUAAGCAUAGUAAUUCCACACUUUCUUUUUUUUUUUUUUCGGGUAUUUUCCCUGUUCUCUUCAGCGACUUUUUCGUCUAGGUUUUCGUAAAAUUAGGGUUUUGAAUUAGGGUACAAUCAUGUUGGAGCAAUUACUGAUCUUUACAAGAGGAGGAUUAAUCCUCUGGACAUGUAAAGAGCUAAGCAAUGCAUUGAGAGGCUCACCUAUCGAUACUUUGAUCCGAUCAUGUCUUUUAGAAGAACGAUCUGGAUUAGCGUCGUAUACUUACGACGCGCCUGGUGCAUCUUACACAUUAAAAUGGACUUUUCACAAUGAAUUAGGUUUAGUUUUUGUUGCUGUGUAUCAGAAAAUUCUGCACUUGCUUUAUGUGGAUGAAUUGCUUUCACUUGUUAAGCGUGAAUUUUCGGAAAUUUAUGAUCCGUCUAGGAUGGAUUAUGGGGAUUUUGAUGAUGUUUAUAGACAAUUGAUGAAGGAAGCUGAGGCUAGAGCUGAGGAGAUUAAGAAAUCAUCGAAAUUGGGGGCAAAAGGAGUUGUUAGUAAGAAGGAGGAACUAGGAAGAAAGGGGAAAUUUGAUCAAAGUAGUAAAAAAGGUGGAAAUUUGAGGAGUGAUGAUGGUGAGGAUGGCAAAGGGGAUAAGAAAUUGGAGAAUGGAUAUGUAAAUGGGGGAGGAAAUGUUGUUGAGAUUUCAAAAAAUCAAGACAGUGUAAAUGAUAAGGAGAAUUUGAGCUCUAAUAAUGGAGCAUUUGAUGUAAAUAAGCUUCAAAAGUUACGAUCAAAGGCGGGGAAGAAGAAUAAUACGGUUGGUUUUGGUAGUGAUAAGGGUGGUAAGGUGGAGACUAAGAAAAAGGUUACGAAGAAGAAUCGAGUUUGGGAUGAAAAAGCCCCAGAAGUUAAGCUGGAUUAUACUAAUCCUGUGACUGAGAACGGUGAUGAAGAUGUGAAUUAUGGUGUUGCAGUUAAUGAGGGUGAGAGUAUGAUGGAUAAAGAGGAGGUUAUCAGUAGUGAUAGUGAGGAUGAAGAAAAUGAGCAAGUGGGGAAUGGCUCUAAGGUUGGGUCUAAGUCAAAGGGGUGGUUUUCUUCAAUGUUUCACAGUAUUGCAGGAAACGCCAAUUUGGAUAGGGCUGAUCUUGAGCCAGCUUUGAAAGGUUUGAAGGACAGGCUUAUGUCUAAGAAUGUGGCUGAAGAGAUAGCGGAGAAACUCUGUGAAUCAGUUGCAACCAGCCUUGAAGGUAAAAAGUUGGCUUCAUUUACAAGGGUAUCAUCAACUGUGCAGGCUGCUAUGGAAGAUGCGCUUGUUCGCAUCCUUACCCCUAAGCGUUCUAUAGACAUACUGAGGGAUGUUCAUGCUGCCAAAGAACAAGGGAAGCCAUACGUCGUCGUGUUUGUAGGUGUCAAUGGAGUCGGGAAGUCCACUAACCUUGCUAAGGUUGCAUACUGGCUGCAGCAACACAAUGUUAGUGUCAUGAUGGCUGCCUGUGAUACAUUUCGCUCUGGAGCUGUGGAGCAGCUUCGCACUCAUGCACGCAGACUUAAGAUUCCAAUCUUUGAGAAAGGUUAUGAGAAGGAUCCUGCUAUUGUGGCAAAGGAAGCAAUCCAAGAGGCUACCCGCAAUCAUUCGGAUGUGGUUCUUGUUGACACUGCUGGUAGAAUGCAGGACAAUGAGCCAUUGAUGCGAGCACUGUCAAAGCUAAUAUACCUAAACAAUCCAGAUCUUGUCUUGUUUGUUGGUGAAGCACUUGUUGGUAAUGAUGCUGUGGAUCAACUUUCAAAAUUCAAUCAGAAACUUGCUGAUCUAUCAAACUCUCCUAAUCCAAGAUUGAUAGAUGGCAUUCUCCUUACCAAGUUUGACACCAUAGAUGAUAAGGUUGGAGCUGCUUUGUCCAUGGUAUAUAUAUCAGGGGCUCCUGUUAUGUUUGUGGGUUGUGGACAGUCAUACACCGACUUGAAGAAGCUCAAUGUGAAGUCCAUUGUCAAGACGCUUUUGAAGUGAGCUCUUGCUUUAUGAAGAUUGUGGAUUGUAAUUCACUAUUUGUCCAUCGUUUGGAGUAAUAUGUAAUUCCUGUUACCAUCAAAUUUCAUUCCCCAGACUUAAUUUGGCUUUGAUAUAGCCCAGCAUGUGCGGCUUCUUGUAUUACCGAAUUUUAAGAUGUUCUUUUAUUGACUCGAAUUACAUUCGGAGUGACCUUAAUUAUGGAUUCUCUGCCUUGCUAGUCCUUA